AAUGGAAGGCAAAGAAGAUAGAUCGAAAGUGUUAAGCUGCAUGAUAAAAAGUCCUGGUCCAGUUUACAAAUUGCCGACAUUAAUUGGUUAUAACGGUCAUGAUCCAUCUCGACGCAGAAAUCCAGCAUACAGCAUGCAAGCUCGAUCUGGCUUAAAAACUUAUUUAAUAGGACCUGGGCCUCGUUACAAUAUUAGAAAUUUAACGAAGUCCGGGCGUGAUAAUCCACCUGCAUACACAAUUAGAGGCAGAGAAAUAUUGAAACUGCAAGAUCUUGCACCAGGACCUGGAGCUUACUCUCCCGAAUUAUGCCCAUCUAUGAAACAUCGUAGAGCACCGGCUUAUAGUAUGAAGUCACGUGGUGUAACAAAAAUUUUAGAUGAAGGACCUGGACCAAAUUCAUAUUCUUUACCAACGUGUAUAGGACCCAAAGUGCCCGAUAAGUUUGCUCAGGGUGCAUUUUCUAUCGCUCAUUUUAAUGAAAUAUCUAAGGAAAUUAUAGGUCCCGGUCCGGCCGCGUAUAUCAAUAUCGAUUAUAACAUCAUAAAACGACGAAGUCCGGCGUAUAGUUUAAAGGGGAGAUAUAUUAUAUCAGAAAAAUAUUACAGUCCAGCACCAAUUUUUUAUCCAUUGUAUGACACGCAAAAACGUGCACCUAUAUAUUCUUUUGGCGUCAAGCAUAGCCAAUGCGCCGGAAUACCCAUGACACAAUUAGACGAAGAUUGA